UCCCUUCUCUUCCUGUUCAGAUCGGAUCUCAUUCGAUCUUUUUUGCUCAGAUGGCGCAUGCAGCGACCCCUUUGUUGAAGGAUGAACUUGAUAUUGUCAUACCCACCAUUAGGAAUCUCGAUUUUCUAGAGAUGUGGAGGCCAUUCUUCCAACCAUACCAUUUGAUUAUUGUUCAGGAUGGUGAUCCUACCAAGACCAUCAAUGUCCCUGAAGGGUUUGAUUACGAGCUUUACAAUCGUAAUGAUAUUAACAGGAUUUUGGGUCCUAAGGCUUCUUGUAUCUCCUUCAAGGACUCUGCUUGCCGUUGCUUCGGCUACAUGGUGUCCAAGAAGAAGUACAUUUUCACCAUCGACGAUGAUUGCUUUGUUGCUAAAGAUCCAUCUGGGAAAGAGAUCAAUGCACUUGAACAGCACAUUAAGAACAUUCUUACCCCAUCCACUCCCUUCUUCUUCAACACACUGUAUGAUCCAUUCAGAGAUGGUGCAGACUUUGUCCGAGGAUACCCAUUCAGUCUCCGUCAGGGUGUUCCCACAGCCGUAUCUCAUGGCCUCUGGCUCAACAUCCCUGACUAUGAUGCUCCUACCCAACUUGUCAAGCCUCUUGAAAAGAACACUAGGUUUGUAGAUGCAGUGCUAACCAUACCAAAGGGUACCCUGUUCCCCAUGUGUGGUAUGAAUCUGACAUUCGACCGUGAGUUGAUUGGCCCUGCAAUGUACUUUGGACUCAUGGGUGAUGGUCAGCCCAUUGGACGUUACGACGAUAUGUGGGCAGGCUGGUGCAUCAAGGUGAUUUGUGACCAUUUGGGAUGGGGUGUCAAGACUGGUCUGCCUUACAUCUGGCACAGCAAAGCAAGCAACCCAUUUGUGAACCUGAAGAAAGAGUACAAGGGCAUCUUCUGGCAAGAAGACAUUAUCCCAUUCUUCCAGGCUGCAACCCUUCCAAAGGAGUGCACAACUGUUCAACAGUGUUACAUUGAACUCUCUAAGCAAGUGAAAGAGAAGCUUGGUAAGAUUGAUCCUUACUUUGAGAAGCUAGGUGAUGCCAUGGUCACAUGGAUUGAAGCAUGGGAUGAACUAAACCCACCCAAGAAAGCUGAACUACCCAAUGGCACAGCUUAAUAGGACUUUGAUUAACAGUUACCACCGGCACUUCUUUGUUAGCUUUGGCUUAGUAGUCGUGUAGCUGGUUGUAUUUUGAUCUUUUAUCUCUCUGAGCUUUUGGAUGAAGUUUGGAGUGAUAUUUUUUUUCAGGUUGAUGUUGCAUGUAUUUUUUUAAUCAUAUUUUCUACCUAUAAGGUUAUUUAGAACAAUAAACUGAAAUUUGAUUCCGUAUUGAAA